GCUGAAGAGCUUAUAUCACUAGAGCACAGAAGACAUACUCCCCUGCCUGCCUGCCCACACACAGAGGAUUUUAGUAAAGCUGCAGGAGGAGCAGUGAUGGCUCUGUCACUCAGUGGAUUACUAGCCCUGGCUGUCACCUGGCUCUGUGUGUCCCUUGAUGAAGGUAUGGCACUCCCCCUGUCAGACUCCUCGCACCCGAGUCACGGAGCAGCGCCCCGGCUCAGGGUGAAGCGUUGCUCCUGCAACAACUGGCACGACAAGGAGUGCAUCUACUUCUGCCAUCUGGAUAUCAUCUGGAUCAACACCCCGGGUAAGACCACUCUCUACGGUCUGGGGAGCCCCCUGUCUCGUAGGAGGAGGUCGGUGGGACGCUGUCAGUGCUCCCAUUCCAAGGACCAGUCCUGCGCCCGGUUCUGCUACAGGAGUGUCUCAGCCUAUAGUAGCAGUGACUUCAGUUCCAAUGACAGUGCUUCUUGUUUGCUGUGCUGCAGCCCCCGCGAUGUCAUUCAGCAGGCUGUGAAUACGGCUGGAGGUCUACAUGGCAAAAGAGACACACAGAGACGCCUGCUGCGUGCUUUCAGGAAUGCUGCUUCGGCCAACACCGGGGCCACACAGCAGAACAUCUCACACAAGGAGAAACCCCUGAAACCUUUGCUGUGGAACAAGAUUCACAAGACGCGCAUGAGAUAGAAAGACCACAACAAAGAUAGAGAACAAAACUGAAAAACCACACCAUCAAAAUGAGGCCAGCGGGCUUCUGGGCUUCUGUGGUUCCUGCCCUUAGCCCCUAGGCUUCGAGAGAGGAGGAGUCUGCUGCACAGUGUCACAAACUGAUGGACUGUCUCAUUGAAAAGUAUUUUGAAGGUGCCUAGUGAGUCAGCUGGGACUCCAGGCUUGCAAAUGGGAUCGCUCCGUACUACACAUCAUCCAGUACUGUCCAGUAAGGAAUCUCUACAGCUCUGGACUGCUCUGGACACUGUCGUACUCAUUUCUGAGUUAGAGACAUUUGGACUGGGUCUGUCUUUUCAACCCUCGGAAAGAGAGAUUUAACAUAGGUUUAAUAAAAAAGAACUACUGCUAUUGAAAACGUCCUCCUCGCUGAUCUGAU